UGCAACACAUCCAUACCUACCCUCACAAUCAUGGGCAACCUCAAUCUCUCCCAAACUCUAAUUCUUCUUCUCAACUUGGGGUUUUUGCACCUCUCCCUAGCAUGCCCAUAUUGUCCAAACCCAAGCCCCAAACACCCACCAAAGAUCAAGCCACCGCCGCCUUGCCCGCCCGGGUCGCCACCCCAUGGGCCCCCCUACAAGCCACCCCACACCCCCAAGCCACCCUCUAAUAAUCACCACACCCCUCAUGUGCCUAAGCCACCCAUCCACCACCCUCCUAACCACCCGAACCCAUCACCACACGUGCCUAAACCGCCCGUUGUCCGCCCCCCAGUCAACCCUAAACCGCCCGUUGUCCACCCCCCGGUCAACCCUAAACCGCCCGUUGUCUAUCCCCCGGUAAACCCUAAACCGCCCGUUGUCUAUCCACCGGUAAACCCUAAACCGCCCGUUGUCUAUCCCCCGGUUAACCCUAAACCGCCCGUUGUCUAUCCACCGGUUAACCCUAAACCGCCCGUUGUCUAUCCCCCGGUUAACCCUAAACCGCCCGUUGUCUAUCCCCCGGUUAACCCUAAACCGCCCGUUGUCGACCCUCCGGUCAGCCCGGCCCCACCGACGCCAUGUCCGCCGCCUCCACCGGCCGUGUCGCCGCCACAAACGUGCCCGACGCUGAAGCUAGACGCGUGUGUGGACGUGCUAGGCGGAUUGAUCCACAUAGGGAUCGGAAGCGGGGCGAAGGAGGCGUGCUGCCCGGUUCUCGGGGGGCUGCUGGACGUAGACGCGGCGCUGUGCCUCUGCACCACCAUUAAAGCGAAGCUUCUCAACAUCAACAUCAUCAUUCCUAUAGCUCUUCAGCUCCUCCUCGAAUGCGGCAAGACUCCACCUUCUGGCUUCCAGUGCUCUGCUUGAACAAUCUAUCCAAAAUUAUUUGUGUUAGGGUUUAUCGUUUCCUUUCUUUUUUUUUUUUUUUUUGGAAUUUGCGUUGUAAUUUUCUGAUUCGAAACGAAUGUUGGUACUACUAUUCGUAACAUGGAUUUAUCUUUUUCGCUUU